ACUCUCUCCUUAAAGCCCUCUACACCCAUUCCCAUCUCAACUCCUCUCUCCUAACACUGUAGCUUAUACCUGAAAGAUCCAUGAAUCUAAAGUCCUCUAUCAUAGGCUUUGUUCCAAGUGAGUUUACUAACUUGCUGUUCCACUCAGGAAAGCCCCCUAACCUUUCUGGAGCUCAGUUUUCACAAAAAUGCGAAGCGAUUCUCGCGGGAAAAGGUGCAGUUUUCGUCCAUACGGCAGGAGGCGCUGUCUCUGGAGGUUUAGACCCAUUCCCCGCCCCCUUCUAGCUCCCGCCCGACUCUGGUGCGCAGGCGCGGCUUCGCGGAUUGGCCGCGCGCGGGAGCCGUCAUUCAGUGGCGGGUCCCGGCCGUGGGGCUGGCGGGCUGAAGGGAAGAAAGAUGGCGGCAGCGGCGGCGGCUGGUGCGGCCUCGGGGCUGCCGGGUCCAGUGGCACAAGGACUGAAGGAGGCGUUGGUGGAUACGCUCACCGGGAUCCUAUCCCCAGUGCAGGAGGUGCGAGCGGCUGCCGAGGAACAAAUUAAGGUGCUCGAGGUGACAGAGGAAUUUGGUGUUCACCUGGCAGAGCUGACCGUAGAUCCCCAGGGAGCACUCGCAAUCCGUCAGCUGGCAUCAGUCAUUUUAAAGCAAUAUGUGGAAACUCACUGGUGUGCCCAGUCAGAGAAGUUUAGGCCUCCUGAAACUACAGAAAGGGCAAAAAUUGUUAUCCGGGAGCUAUUGCCCAAUGGGUUGAGAGAAUCAAUAAGUAAGGUGCGCUCCAGUGUGGCCUAUGCGGUGUCAGCCAUUGCCCACUGGGACUGGCCUGAAGCCUGGCCCCAGCUCUUCAACCUGCUCAUGGAGAUGUUGGUGAGCGGAGAUUUAAAUGCAGUCCAUGGAGCCAUGCGAGUGCUGACAGAAUUCACUCGAGAAGUAACAGACACACAGAUGCCACUUGUUGCUCCUGUCAUUCUCCCAGAGAUGUAUAAGAUCUUCACUAUGGCCGAGGUGUAUGGUAUUCGAACCCGUUCCCGAGCUGUGGAGAUUUUUACCACUUGUGCCCAUAUGAUCUGUAACAUGGAGGAAUUGGAAAAGGGUGCAGCCAAAGUUCUGAUCUUCCCUGUGGUGCAGCAGUUCACAGAGGCCUUUGUUCAGGCCCUCCAGAUACCAGACGGCCCCACAUCUGACAGUGGGUUUAAGAUGGAAGUCCUAAAGGCAGUGACAGCCCUGGUGAAAAACUUCCCUAAGCACAUGGUGUCCUCCAUGCAACAGAUUCUGCCUAUUGUCUGGAACACCCUAACUGAGAGUGCAGCUUUUUAUGUGAGGACAGAAGUAAAUUACACAGAAGAAGUAGAAGAUCCUGUGGAUUCUGAUGGUGAAGUCCUGGGCUUUGAAAAUCUCGUCUUUAGCAUUUUUGAGUUUGUCCAUGCUCUCCUAGAAAAUAGCAAAUUCAAAAGCACUGUUAAGAAAGCCUUGCCUGAGUUGAUUUACUAUAUAAUCCUGUACAUGCAAAUCACUGAGGAACAGAUUAAAGUAUGGACAGCCAACCCCCAACAGUUUGUUGAAGAUGAAGAUGAUGAUACUUUCUCCUACACUGUUAGGAUUGCAGCUCAAGAUCUAUUGCUUGCUGUGGCCACUGAUUUCCAGAAUGAGAGUGCAGCGGCCCUGGCUGCUGCAGCCACCCGGCACUUACAAGAGGCUGAGCAAACCAAAAACAGCGGCACCGAACACUGGUGGAAGAUACAUGAGGCAUGCAUGCUUGCCCUUGGCUCGGUGAAGUCCAUCAUCACUGACAGUGUGAAGAAUGGCAGGAUCCAUUUUGACAUGCAUGGGUUCCUGACCAAUGUCAUCCUUGCAGACCUCAACCUCUCAGUGUCUCCUUUUCUCUUGGGCCGGGCACUUUGGGCUGCCAGUCGGUUCACUGUUGCUAUGUCUCCUGAAUUGAUCCAGCAGUUUCUACAGGCAACAGUUAGUGGUCUUCAUGAGACGCAACCCCCAUCCGUUCGAAUAUCUGCUGUGAGAGCCAUCUGGGGUUAUUGUGAUCAACUGAAAGUCUCGGAGAGUACCCACGUGCUUCAACCCUUCCUCCCCAGUAUCCUGGAUGGCUUAAUUCACCUAGCAGCCCAGUUCAGCUCAGAGGUCCUCAACCUGGUGAUGGAGACCCUAUGCAUCGUUUGUACAGUAGACCCAGAAUUCACAGCAAGCAUGGAAAGCAAAAUCUGUCCGUUCACCAUCGCCAUUUUCCUAAAGUACAGUAACGAUCCUGUCGUCGCCUCGCUGGCUCAGGAUAUCUUCAAGGAGCUGUCUCAGAUUGAAGCCUGUCAGGGCCCAAUGCAGAUGAGGCUGAUUCCUACUCUAGUGAGCAUAAUGCAGGCCCCAGCAGACAAGAUCCCUGCAGGGCUGUGUGCGACUGCCAUCGAUAUCCUGACCACGGUAGUACGGAAUACAAAGCCUCCCCUUUCCCAGCUACUCAUCUGCCAAGGUUUCCCUGCUGUGGCACAGUGCACCCUUCACACAGAUGACAACGCCACCAUGCAGAAUGGUGGAGAGUGCUUGCGGGCUUAUGUGUCCGUGACACUGGAGCAGGUGGCCCAGUGGCAUGAUGAGCAGGGCCACAACGGGCUGUGGUACGUGAUGCAAGUGGUGAGCCAGCUCCUGGACCCCCGCACCUCAGAGUUCACUGCCGCCUUUGUGGGUCGCCUCGUCUCCACCCUCAUCUCCAAGGCAGGGCAGGAGCUGGGGGAGAAUCUGGAUCAGAUUCUUCGUGCCAUCCUCAGUAAGAUGCAGCAGGCAGAGACGCUCAGUGUCAUGCAGUCUCUGAUCAUGGUGUUCGCUCAUCUGGUGCACACUCAGCUGGAACCCCUCUUGGAGUUCCUGUGCAGCCUCCCAGGACCUACUGGCAAACCUGCCCUGGAGUUUGUGAUGGCUGAGUGGACGAGUCGACAGCAUCUGUUCUAUGGACAGUAUGAGGGCAAAGUCAGCUCUGUGGCACUGUGUAAACUGCUCCAGCAUGGCAUCAAUGCAGAUGACAAACGGCUACAGGAUAUCCGCGUGAAGGGAGAGGAGAUCUACAGCAUGGAUGAGGGCAUCCGCACCCGCUCUAAGUCAGCCAAAAACCCUGAGCGCUGGACAAACAUUCCUUUACUGGUCAAGAUCUUGAAGCUGAUCAUCAAUGAGCUUUCCAACGUCAUGGAGGCCAACGCCGCACGCCAGGCCACCCCUGCAGAGUGGGGUCAAGAUGACUCCAAUGAUAUGUGGGAGGACCAGGAGGAGGAUGAAGAGGAGGAAGAGGAUGGUUUAGCUGGCCAACUCUUAUCUGACAUUCUCGCUACAAGUAAAUAUGAGGAGGAUUACUACGAGGAUGAUGAGGAAGAUGACCCUGAUGCCCUUAAGGAUCCUCUCUAUCAGAUUGAUCUGCAGGCCUAUCUCACGGAUUUCCUCUGCCAGUUCGCUCAGCAGCCCUGCUACGUCAUGUUCUCAGGCCACCUUAAUGACAACGAGAGGCGGGUUCUGCAGACCAUUGGCAUCUAAGAAAGGGAGACUUUCCAACUCUGCUCCUCCUGGCCCAGCCACAAACCAUUUUGCAGCCCUUAACUGGCCUUGAGAUGUACUUUCUUUUCAACCUAGAGUGGCCUCCUGACUCUUGGCCCUUGGCCUUUGCAGAGUGACACUGACAAUUCAGACCAAGGUCACCAGUGCUGUCACUUAGGAAUACUGGAACAAAAGACAUUUCUCAAAGUCCCCCUGAAGAUACUCCAUCUCUAGAACCUUUUUCUCCCCAACCGUGCCCCCACCUCUGUUCCUAGAGUCCUCUGCCGGCCACUCCAGAAACAUAGUGCCCAGAAGGAUUACGUGUUCAUGGAUUAUUUCGCCCCACCUCAGGAGCACAGGGAGUCAUGACCAUGUACAUUCUAAAACAGACCUGUUUACUUUCAUAGGACAUCUGAUAUGUUCAGAUAGGAAUACCCUUGAGAGAUGAUAAUGCUUUCUGCUCUCUACCACAGAUGCUCUGGGUUUUCCAUAGGAAUGAGAGGCAGCAGCUACAUUCUGACCCCUCUCCAGUGACCUCUCCUUGUCUCCUUCCUACAACACUAAGGCUCCCCUGUCACAGGAAGUCCUCUUGUUUUUGCCUCAUUGCAUGACACAGUCCCUCCCCCCAAGCUAUUCCUAUGUAUACACGCACACACAACAUCAGCCAGACAGAUGGCAAUUUGUUUUUCCUUUUUUUAGAAAAAAAAAAAAAAAAAUGGGAAAAACAUUUUUUUUUAAGUCCACCUGACCCAACUGUAUUUAAUAUUCCUCCCCAACACAUCACCACACACUCUGAUAUUCAAAGGUUACCCCCUCUCCCUCAGGAAUCCUCUAAAGUGGUUAAGUUGUAGCCCUCAAAUUUGCAAUGUGUAUUUUUCUAGGAGAGUAAAGUAAUCUUUACAAAUGAAUUCAGUCCACAUGGUAUAAGGUGUCCCGGCACCUCUGCCUUCUGUUCCUUUUAGAAGGAAAAUAAAAAUAAGGGGGAAAAGA